CCUUUGAAAACCAUGCUGUCUCGUUGUACAUGUGACAUGUGUUCUGUAAGUUGUGUGUGGAAGUUGUUUAUAUGAAGUAUAGAGUUUAUCAAGUAUGGAAUCUCACAAAAGAACUACUUCUCAGUCGAUAUUGGAAUUAGUUAACCCGGUUCCUGUGUCAUUCGAUCCAGAAGAUGACAUAAACAUUGAUAGUGCAGCCAAAGUAGUAGAAAAUUAUCAGGAAGAAUUCAGUGACGACGACAUAGUGAUAUCCAAGUUUAAGAAGAGCGUAGAUUUAUUAGAGGAUCAGGAUGCCAGGUAUUCAGGCCGGAAAGUCUCUCGCAAGUCUCUGGGUGCUGAGCCACGAAAAAAUGAAGUUUUCGUACCGGGACCCAGCAGCAACGAUAACAGUAGCAGCGAAGAGGAAGCCGGGAAUGAAUCGUGGGAGCGAGGCGAUUCUGGCGAGAGCGAAAAUGACGCAGAUUAUGGAUAUAGUGAGCAAACUACUGAUGCUGCCACGGAUGACGAAGCCGUGGACACUGGCAGUUCCGAAGAAGGCGAAGAUAGUGCAACAGACGAUUCUUUCAGCAUUACUGGUGAAGCCAAACACCUCGUCGAAAACAAACAGGUGUCAGAUAUUGCGAGUGACAACUUUCAGCAUGUUUCGAACAGAAAUACGAAUCUAGAAAUUGAGAAGGGCAGAUGUGUUAGAAAUCAGCUUAGAAUGUGGGACAGUUUACUUGAAUGUAGGAUUCACCUUCAGAAGUGUUUGUUGACUGCUAACAGAAUCCCAUCUCAUGCAGCGUUUGAAGAUUAUAAACAGAAAGGUGGAGCACAGUUGAAAGAUGCAUUGAAUAAGACCCAAAAUUUUGUUACAGAUUUGCUUGAGAAAUUUAUUGUGCUGCGUGAAGCUUUACUACAGUCUUUCCCCGAAACCAGAAAUUUGAAAUCCUCACAGGCAGGUUCAGAAAGUGCUGACGAGGAAAUACCAAGUGACACAGAAGAAGAUGGAGAAGCUGAAGAUCUACUUGAAGAAGACGUAGAAGACAAAUCGUUGUAUGAGCCUAAAAUUAAGAAACGAAAGAUUGAUGAUUAUGGAACGUUAUUAGAUACUCAGCAUAAAGAAUACUUGGAGUAUCGUAACAGCACUAUUCAGAAAUGGAAUGAUAAGACUCGUGUUUCAAGUGGAAAAAUUAGCAGCAGAAAUUUUUCAAAUUUUGAACAGUCUACUUUAAAACAAAUUGAGCAGAUUUUGAGUAAUCGUCAUCGACUUAUUCAAAGAACGCAACUUAAGCGAUCAACAUACUCCCCUAUAUGUCAGGAGAUACAGGAAGAUGAGAAUGCGAAAAACGAAGAACCAAAAGAGUCGGAAAGAUUAAAAGAAUACGAUCCUGAAGUGUUUGAUGACAGUGAUUUUUAUCACCAGUUGCUUCGAGAAUUGAUAGAACGUAAAACUGCUGGUGUUACGGACCCAGUGCAGCUUGGCCGACAGUGGUUAGAGCUUCAGAAGUUAAGAAGCAAGAUGAAACGGAAAAUAGACGUACGAGCAACCAAGGGACGGAGAAUUAAAUAUGUUGUGCAUCCAAAAUUAGUUAAUUUUAUGGCUCCUAUAGCGGAAAGCAGUUGGACAGAUGAAGCAAAAACUGACCUAUAUAAUUCUUUGUUUGGAAAAAAGAAAUUGUAAUUACAAUUUCUGUAUGUACAUAAAUGCAGUAAAUGACUGUAUAAUUUGGUA